UUUGUCCCUUCCUCCACCUCCUCGGCGUGUUUUAUGUAUCCAUUCUUUAAAACAGAACAUCUAAUAUAACCGUUAACCACCGACCUGUAAUUGCAAAUUUUACCCAUUUUUCACCUCGAAUUUCGGCUUCUACCAAGCACUGUCACAUUUUGCUGGAGUGACACGGACAGAAUUCGUCGUGACAUUUUAUCUCAUAGCUGUUGAAACACCAUGUCUAUUGUAUACAGCAGAUAGCAGAUACUAUGAUAUAAACUACAAAGUCUAUUUUACAUUUGUUAAAACAGUAUCUGCAGAAAAGAAGCAAAUUCCAAGAUAACACCAAAAUCUUUUUGAAGACUAUUUUUUGAAUUGUUUUACAAUUUUUUUGUCUUUCUGCCAUUCCUUCCUUCCUCUAAAGUCUUUAUUUUUGGGAAUAUCUGUAUGGUCCCAUACAAUUUGAUAUCCCUGCCACUUCUUUCUCCCUUGUGUCAUUGUUAUGUGUCUUAUAAACACAUUGGAGCUGCUGGGAUUCAUAAACACAGUCCUUAGUGUCCUUAGCAUUCAUUGAUGCAGUCAAUGUUGCCAUUAGUAUUCACUAACACAGUCGAUGGUGUCAUUAAUGUUCACUGCUAUUGUUAGUAUCCACAGAUACAGUCAUCAGUCUCAUUAGUAUUCACUUACAUAGUCUUUGGUAUUGCUGGUAUGCACUGACAGUCUUAAGUCUAGAAAUAUGGCAGGCAAGAAAGAGACUGCUGCAGAGAAAGGCGGCAAGGCUGACCUAUUGGAUUUGGCCAGAUCUGAGGAACUGCCUCAAAGCUCUGAGAUCAACAGCAAUGAACUGUCCAAUUCCUCAAAAAGCAAGGUGGUCAGGCCGAUGGACAUUGAUAUCCAGAAUGAAAGCAGCUACUACAAUACGUUACUUGGCGCACACAGAAACAAUGGUGCCAGAUGCAAGACCAAAAAACUCAAACAGACUCAGUUAAUAUGCACAAAAAAGGGGCUCUCUAUAGCCAUGCUUGAUAAUAAUUCCCAGUUUGGCAAGGACCCUAAUAUAACCCUCCAUUUCACCGACAACAAUUUGGCCAAUGAUAAUUCUGUAUGCAACACUCAGGAGAACGCCAAUACAUCUCUCAGAGCUAACAACUGCCAACCAAAACUCUUAAUGCAAUCUUCAUCUUUAGACAACCGAGAUAGUGACAAACCAGUCGACACAAACAUUUCAGAAUGGUUCGUGUGUUUCAUCUGUAAUACUCCCAAAAAUUCAGCUGAAGAACUUCAAAUCCACAUCAAUAAAGAUCAUUUCGAUUCUCGUUCAGAAGAAAAACGGCAAGACGACAAUUUCACAACUUGCUUUCUCUGCAAACGGCAGCUAAAUUCUGUUCCAGAACUUCAAGUACAUAUCAAUCGAGACCAUUUUGAUUCUCCAGUAAAACCGAUUGGAACCGAUAUUUCAGAGGCAAUUGCUACAAAAGUGGCUGACAAAGACAACAAACUUGUUUGUAUUGAUUCAGAGUUUGGACAUUUUGCUUUAACCAAAGAUGAGCAGAAUGACAGAUUGAUUGCAGAGAUGCUUCAGAAAGAAUUUGAUGAAGAAAUUGAAUUUCGGAAAUUGCAGGACAUGUAUGGUAUGACAGAGAGAGGUAAUUACAAGAAGCAGUUCCAUUCGAACCUCAGCCAGGCUGUACAGAGAGGGCAGAUCAGUAGCUACGAAUAUCACAUGUAUACAUCACAGAUGUCCGAGUCUCAGUUGACAGGCAUUGAUGAUGGAGUUUCUUGCACUAAAGGGAUCAUCGUAGCAUUACGGGAAUAUUACAAGCAACACAGCAAAAACAAAGAUGUUUGGUUAUGCUCAGAUGUCGACCAUUAUGGAGGUUCGUUUGGAGAUACUGGAUGGGGAUGCGGAUACCGAAAUCUGCAGAUGAUGCUUUCCAGCCUGGUCAAAGAGCCCGUUUAUGAGAACUUGCUCUCCGAUGACUACAAAUCAAAGAAUGGUCUGGUGGCAUCGAUAAAACGGUUGCAACAGCUGAUUGAAAGGGCUUGGCAGCAUGGGUUUGACCAGCAAGGGGCUGAACAAUUGGGCAAUAAACUGGUGGACACAAGGAAAUGGAUUGGAGCCACAGAAAUUGUUGCUAUGCUGUCUUCAUUGAAGUUCAAGUGCCGUUUGAUAGAUAUCCAUUCUCCAACUGGACAGCCAGAGACACACCCUAGAAUGUUCCAAUGGAUUCGAGAUUUCUUCAAAAGGAAGGAUUACCACGAGUUUCGCUCCCCUCUCUACUUACAGUAUCAAGGUCAUAGUCAGACAGUGAUAGGGGUUGAGACUUCUCGACAGACAGGUGCCAUUACAUUAUUGAUAUUGGACCCGGCCAGUAGUAAGUCCCACAUGAAGAAACUCAAAGCCCAGACGACGCCAGCCUUGAUGCAGCCCCUACGCAAAUACUUAAGCAACAUGACUAAAGACCAAUACCAGAUUGUCGCAGUCAUUGGAACCCUCAGUGACCAAGAAUGGCACGCUAGCAAGACUUUAAAAUCCGAGAAACUCACUUGAAAUUAUACAUUGACCAUCACGACUACCACCACCACCAAAAACCACCACCACCUCCUCUAACACCAGCCAACACCAAUGUCACUAUGGCUAAUAACUGCUAAAACCACCACCACCACCACCGACCUCCAACACCUUGUUAUUGUUUUUGUUAUGUUUUCCUUAUUAUUAUUAUUAUUGUUGUUGUUUGUUUGUUUGUUUUUGACAACUUCUGCCUCUGCACACCGAAUCUACAACUUUCCACCUAUUUGCCUUCUCUUCGAUGUCCGUCACUCAACACAAAUAUAAAAUGGAUGGAACGAACUUAACAUAAUGAAAUAAAACUGAAAUAAAACAUAUGGUUAAUUUAUUUUGUAUCUCUAUUUGCUGAACAUUAGCGUCAGCAACCGUUCGUUCCAAUGGAACUAAUCACUGGUCUGGUUGACUGUUGUUUUCAAUAUAUGCCGAAAGUUACAAGGGAGUGUCUGUAGCUCGGUGCAGAACAAAUAUCAACAGGAGACUUCAU